UACUUCUGCCCUAUUGCCCUACUACAGGCACGAGAAUGUGUGACGUCAUAGGCAAAUGAUCAAUAGUCCAGGCCAGCCCCCAUUACAUUUCCACCAAAAAAGAAAACUGAUAUCAGCCCGAAGCAACACCACUGAAAAAGCAGCAGCCACACAGCAGUGUACUCCACAUUCCUUUGAGGAACAAGAAGAAAUCAGUUACCACGCAAGCAUGUUUACUUUACUUUCGGCAUAAAGACAAGAGCAGAAAGAUGUUCAGUCCUCAAUGUCAACAAACUGCAUAUUUGCUUUGGAUUUCAUAUCUAACAGCACUUCUCUUUCUUUCCGUCCCUCUCAAAGCUGAUGCUGAAAUCAGGUUGGUUCAUGGAGACACUAACUGCUCUGGUACAGUUGAGGUCUAUCGCAGAGGGAAUUGGGGCACUGUGUGUGAUGACGACUGGGACAUGGAGGAUGCUACAGUGGUGUGCAGACAGCUGGGAUGUGGACAAGCACUUUGUGCUGUCAAGGAAGCUCACUUUGGCAUGGGCAAGGGCAUGAUUUUGAUGGAUGAUGUAGGCUGCUCAGGUGACGAAAAAUCCCUUACAGAUUGUCCCUUUAAAGGGUACAGUAAUUGUAAUCAUGGUGAAGACGCCGGUGUGGUGUGCUCAGGUUCAAGCCAGUCUCUCAAUAUAUCUAAUAUAGACCCUUCCAUUCAAAACUACUGCAAAAACAGGCCUAUUGUGAAUGCUCCAAUCAGGUUGGUUGAUGGGCUGAGUAACUGCUCGGGUAGAGUGGAGGUCUACGUCAGAGGUGAGUGGGGCACUGUGUGUGAUGACAGCUGGGGCAUGGACGAUGCUAGAGUGGUGUGCAGACAGCUGGGAUGUGGACAUGCGGUUUGUGCGGCAAGGGAGGCCCGCUUUGGCAGCGGCACUGACCAGAUCUGGAUGGAUGACGUCGGCUGUACAGGUGCUGAGGCAUCUCUGACAGCGUGCGCCCACAGUGAGCUCAGCAAUUGUGAUCAUGGUGAAGAUGCUGGUGUGGUGUGCUCAGGUCCAAGUCAGUCUGAUAUAGACUCUCCUCGUUACAGUAACAGCUCAUGCAGCAAGUUUUUUGGUGCUCAAGUUAGGUUGGUUCAAGGGAGCACCAACUGCUCUGGUAGAGUGGAGGUGUACCACAAUCGCAAGUGGGGCACGGUGUGUGAUGACGACUGGGACAUGCAGGAUGCUAAAGUGGUGUGCAGACAACUGGGAUGCGGAGAGGCUUUGUGCGCUGUUAAGGAAGCCCACUUUGGCCCAGGCAGUGGAGAGAUUUGGAUGGAUGAUGUAGUCUGCUCAGGUGCUGAAGCACUCCUAACAGAUUGCACCUUUUCUCAGUCAAGCAAUUGCAAUCAUGGUGAAGAUGCCGGUGUGGUGUGCUCAGGUUCAGGUCAGUCUGAUAAUACCUCUUCUAGUCACCAUAGCAACUAUACAUGUGCCAAGGAACCUAACUCUGUGGGUGCUCAAGUCAGGUUGGUGAAUGGACACACCAACUGCUCUGGUAGAGUGGAGGUAUAUGCCAAUGGCCAGUGGGGCACUGUGUGUGAUGACAACUGGGACAUGGAUGAUGCUAGAGUGGUGUGCAGACAGCUGGGAUGUGGAGAAGCUGUUUGUUUUGCCAAGGAAGCCCUCUUUGGCAGCGGCACUAACCAGAUUUGGAUGGAUGAUGUUCGGUGUUCCGGUGCUGAAGAAUCCCUAGCAUAUUGCUCCCACAGUAAAAAUCAUGAUUGUAGUCAUGGUGAAGAUGCUGGUGUGGUGUGUUCAGGUGCAAGCCAGUCUCCUAAUAUAUCUGAUGGAGUGCAGUCUAAGAAUGGUAACUGCAUCAAGGCAACAAUUGGUGGAAAUGCCUUUGUCCGACUUGUUGGAGGCAGUACUAACUGCUCAGGCAGAGUGGAGGUCUACUACAGUGGCCAGUGGGGAACUGUGUGUGAUGAUGGCUGGGACUUGAGGGAUAGCAGGGUGGUGUGCAGACAGCUGGGGUGUGGACGUGCUAGAAAUGCAACCACAAAUGCCCUCUUUGGUAGAGGCAGUGGACAGAUCUGGUUGGAUGGCGUCGGCUGUGUAGGUGUUGAAAGGUCUCUGACAGAGUGCCGUCACAAUGGCUUUGGAACACAUAAUUGUAACCAUGGUGAAGAUGCUGGUGUGGUGUGCUCAGGGCCAGGUGAUUCAUUCCCAGUCACACCCAGUCCAGGAGCUUCUACUGUCAGGUUGACGGGUGGGAGUUCAAGGUGCUCCGGUAGAGUGGAGGUGUAUGUCGAGGAAGAGUGGGGCACUGUGUGUGAUGACGACUGGGACAUAAAGGAUGCCAGAGUGGUCUGCAGACAGGUGGGAUGUGGGGAAGCCUUUAUUGCUGUAAAGGAUACUCGCUUUGGUUCCGGCACGGAGCAAAUCUGGUUGGAUAAUGUGAACUGCACCGGUGCUGAGCAAUCCCUGAUACAGUGCUAUCAUCGUGGAUUUGGAAUACACGACUGCAGCCACGACGAAGAUGCUGGUGUGGUAUGCUCAGAUGAUCCAACAUCCACAGGACAACCCACUCCAAGUCAGUCCGUCAGAUUAGUUGAUGGGCCCACAGACUGCUCAGGUAGACUUGAAAUCUAUGUACAGCACCAGUGGGGCACUGUGUGUGAUGACGACUGGGAUCUGAACGACGCCAAGGUGGUGUGCAGGCAGCUGGGCUGUGGGGAGGCUGUCUCUGCCACCAAGCAGGCCCACUUUGGCAGUGGCAGGGGUGAGAUCUGGAUGGAUGAUGUCCACUGCUCUGGUACUGAAGAGUCCCUUAGUGACUGCUCUCAUAUUGGCUUUGGAAGCAACAACUGUGGCCAUGAUGAGGAUGCUGGUGUGGUGUGCUCAGAUCCACUGGGAAAACCAGUUCUAAGGCUGGAAGGCGGCAAAAGUGCAUCUUGGGGUCAGAACAUCCAGAUGAGCUGCUCCGUCUCCACUCAGUACCUGGGGGGCACAUUCACCCUACAGCAGCUCUCUGGCUCAUACAGAGAGACAAAGGCAGCCUCAGGAUCUUCUGCCAAUUUCACCAUCCGUCAGGUGGACUUUGUCCAUGAAGGAUCCUACUACUGCCAGUACAGAGCGCCAUCACAAGGGAACAGUCAAAAUCUCACCUCCUCUCGGAGUGAUUUUACCAGUUUUUCUGUAGUAGUGUCCCUGCCUCAACCUGUCAUCUCUGUCAGUGGCCCAGACGGAGAGCUGUCACGGGGGACACAUGGCCCAGAGGUCCCCCGGGGUCAAAGCUUCUCCAUCGUCUGCUCCAUCCAGGCACAGUACCCAGGAGGCUCUUUCCACCUUAUCUCUGAAGGGUUAAUACAAAGUUGGAGGAAGCUGGUGGUCAAUCGGUCGGCAUCGUUUGCCUUUACCGAUACAGACGGUUUCCAUGAAGGGUAUUACAGCUGCUUCUUUGAGGUUACUCUGUCCACACGUCCUUUCAUCUCCGAAAGGGCAAAGCGUUUGCAAGUGUCUAUAAGAGAAAUGACGAGGACCGAGUGGUUUCGUUAUAAUAAAACGUCUGUCAUUUGUGGAAUAAUGUUUGGCCUACUGAUUCUGCUGGCUGCCAGUUACUUGUUGUUUCUGCUGAAAAAGAAACUUGGUAUUCAGUUAUUCAGAGCCAGCAAUGAGUAUUGCCCAAUGGAAGAAUUUCAUGCUGCAGAAUCAAAUGGGAAUCUUUAAAAGGAACAAAUUCAUUUUCUGGUGAAAGGAGGAGUGACAUCCAGCAAGAUUUAUUUUUUUAUAUUUCAACAAUAACCUGGAAACAAAAAUGUUCCCAUGUGAUAUUCCAACUGUCUGAUAGUGUAAUAUCAUCCAUCAUCUUGAAUUAAAGUACAUUAUAUUGAAUUAGUGUGUACUACCUUGUACUAUGGCAAGUUGUAUGGUAGUUAAAGCACAUGCCCUUCUCAAUGUUUCACAUUUGUUGUCAAUAAUUAAACUAGCAUAUUCUUGGUUCAUUGUUUAUUUAUAUGGCAUUUUUUUUAGUCACAAGUAACACCAAUAAUGUAUUACCACACAAAUACACCUACCGCGACAAGAGCAAGGCGAAUGACGGAAUAAUUGACUUUGUAUUGAGUCGUGCAACAAAAGCGAUUCCGGAGACUAGAGGCGAUUUGUGCGACGAGGGCGACAGUUUGAAGUUGAAAUCCUUUCAACUUUCUAUGACGCGGUUCGGCGACCAGCCGCGACAGCCAAUGACUGUAGAGGUCAGUGACCACAGCCAAUGGGAAUGUUUCAAUGCUUUGCCUUCUGCUUGUAACGGACGCAAUGUAGUCGCUUCAAUCGCACGUAUCACUCUGUCGCUUCAAUCGCAUCGCGCCUGGUCUAUUAGUGCGGUUAGACUACCCGCUGACCUCCUGCCAACCUAACAAAAAACAUUGCCAACCCUAAAAUCAAGUUUUCCGACAUCUGGCCAAUGCAUACAAAUAUUU